ACUAUCCUAGCUGAACUAACGUUAUUGAAAUAACCAAGAAUCUUCAAAUAUGUCAGAGUCACAUGAAGACGAGGUGACAACAGUACCUUGUGUCUUAAUUUCAAGUUGUGAUACAGGUUUUAAAGAAGAGGAAUUGGUCCGACAGAUCUUGGGUACGUCGUCGUUGCCAGAACCAUCCAAACAGGAUGGCUCCGUGGUAUGGUACCCAUGGACCAUCAACAACAAAUACUACACAGCGGAUGUUAGUCUGUGUGUCGUUCCCAACACAUUCAGUAUGAACACGGAGAUUGCCCAGUCUAUGCAGGCUUUCAUUGCCUACUUUGACAGCAAAGCAAAAGAUGGUCUGAGCAGUGUGUCUCCAUGGCUGUCUGUGGUAGAAGAGCUAGGUCCUGAAGUACUUAUUUUGGUGUGUGAUCAUGUGUGUGAUAGCGGUGUAAACAGACAUGAGGCACAGCAGUGGUGCCUGGCCCAUGCAUUUGAAUUGGUGGAGCUCAACCCACAGGAUCUACCUGAUGAGGAUGAUGAUUUCCCAGAAUCCACUGGGGUGAAGCGAAUUGUACAGGCCCUGAAUGCUAAUGUGUGGUCCAGUGUUGAGAUGAAGGAAGAGCAUAACCAGAGCUUUGGCCUUAUGAGCAGUCUGGUAGCCUCCCGUCACAACAACCCGCGGCCCAGUCAGGAGCCUCCGUCCUCCUACUCCCCGUCCAACAACACUGACAGUGACAGAGGGAACCAGAGAACAGAGAACAGUCAGAGCAGUGGGACGGACGUGGCUUCGGUGGCGGAUCCCACCAUUGACAUGGACAUCCAGGAGCUGGCCAACCUCACCGCUGGAGACUCUGACGUGGAAAACUUUGAGCGGCUCUUCACAAAGCUGAAAGAGAUGAAAGAUAAGGCAUCAUCGUUACCUCACGAACAGAGAAAAGUGCACGCAGAAAAGGUAGCUAAAGCUUUUUGGAUGGCCAUUGGUGGAGACCAGGAUGAGAUCGAAGGCCUGUCAUCAGGAGAGGAGAAUUAGAGCAGAGUGGACAUUUCCCUGUCCUCCCCUCUCCAGCCUCCAGCCUGCUCUCCCUCACUCCCACACCAUCCAGGCCAGCCAAGGCUCUGGCAUAUCACAGAUGGAUGAGGAAAGACACUGGACCACAGAGGCUUGUUAUCAUAUGUGUAUUGUUACUCUCUCUUGCCUGUUGUGUAGUUCAGGGCUGUACUGUGCUACCUUAUCAUUUCCAUGUGCAAUGGUCAAGGAUGACUACAUUUCUAUCCCCAGUGGCAGGACCAUUCAGUUCUGUGCUAAGAUGCGAUGGAUGGGUGUUAGGGAGAGCAAAUAGGCGAUGCAAAACAGCUACUCAGUCUGAGUCAAAGUGGUUUUGUUUUGUUUGGUUUGCUUUUUUAAGCCUUUAUGUUUAUCAUUCAUACAUUGAUCCAAAUCAAAUCAAAAGUUUUACCAUUUCAUCAGGAUUUGUUUCAGAUAGAACAUUGUUUUAUCCUCAAAACACUGUCCGCAGUUGAAACUCACUACCGAAAACUCUAAAAUAAAAAAAAACAAUUUUUCAUAAAUUUA